UUAGCUGGACAGUUUGAGUUGCUGUUGCAUAUAAAUGUAUUUGCUUUCCCGAUAUUGAAGAGCCUUUGCAUGACAUGAUUCUGCAUUUUCGUAUCGGAGGAUUCUUUCGUUUCAAACCAUUUUGCAAAAUUCCUGUCCUGCAUUUAGUGCUGCAUAGGCAAUGCGCUUUGGACUGCCUGCUACAGAAGGAUUGCAGGCUGGUGGACCUCUGAGGGCAUUCUUUGUGAUUGCGUUGCUUAGCGUGUUGAUGCUCACGCUGCUGAGGACUGUGGGAUUGAGAGCAUUCUCCAUGGCGUCCGAGACCUACAUGUCGGGCACACACUCUGCUGCCUUCGUCACCUGCCCCAACGAACAGGUGGCCAAAGAUCUGGCCAGGGGAAUCGUUGAGAAGAAGCUGGCUGCUUGUGUCAACAUCGUCCCCCAAAUUACAUCUGUAUAUGAGUGGCAGGGGAAGAUCCAGGAGGAUAGUGAAGUGUUGCUGAUGAUAAAGACCAGAAGUUCUAAGGUUGCAUCACUGGCAGAAUAUGUUAGGUCCAACCACCCGUAUGAAGUAGCAGAGGUCAUCAGCCUACCCAUAGAGCAGGGCAACCCACCCUACCUCAAGUGGCUUGGUGACGCUGUACCAGAAUGAUGGGUGGAUGGACAGAGGAAGGGAUAGGUGGAUGGACAGAGGAAGGGAUAGGUGGAUGGACAGAGGAAGGGAUAGGUGGAUGGACAGAGGAAGGGAUAGGUGGAUGGACAGAGGAAGGGAUAGGUGGAUGGACAGAGGAAGGGAUAGGUGGAUGGACAGAGGAAGGGAUAGGUGGAUGGACAGAGGGAGGCUGUGAGAAAUGUAUUUGGAAUAAUAAAAUCUGCAGAAAUGUGACUAAAAGGUAUUUUUACUGUUUCAGUGUUGUCCUGGUUUUGACCAAUAGAGGGAUGCAGUGAAAGGGUCUACCUACAGUCGGGUCCAAAAUGAUUGGCACCCUUGAUAAAGAUGAGAAAAAAAGUCUGUAUAAAAAAAAUAAUACUACUAGUACUGAGUGUUAUUGUAUCAUAUAUUAUAUUUUAUGCUAAUAAAGAUGGGGGUCAGAAUUAUUGUUUUCAAACCCACACCCUGUGAGGUUAACAGCA